AUGGGUUUUGUCUUGGAAGAUGAUGAUGAAUGUGUCGCUAAACGAGUCCGGCCGACCUUGGAGCGGGCUUGGGAGGAAGCAAGCGAGAUGACUCGGAAAAGAAUGGAUGGAGACUUCAACACACCUAAUUCAACUCAAACAGAGUUCUCCAGUAUCGCUGGUAUCUGGAUUGUCCAAGGUAGGGCGAGGGAUCGAAGGAUGGGUUCGGUCGAGGUCGAGAGGGGAUUGUCGAUUCUACGAAGCGCUGAGGCUAUGUCAGCGGUGGCACCUCCAGGAUUGAAACGGGGUCAGGGGAGUGAAAAAUGA